CCAGCCUUCUACUUCCGGUCCUCGUCGAUUCCUCACCUCUGCUGUUUACCAGAGUAAUUUUAUAUUUUGGAGUAGAAAAUUGUUACAUACAUAAUGUGGACAGGUUUCUUCCUUCAAACAUGGAGAAUCUUCAGUUCUACACAUUAUUACAAGAAUAGGAAUAGAAGAAGAUGACUGCAAGCUGAAAGUUUAAUUUCAUUAAUCAUAUUCUUAAUAACAUUGGUAAUAUAAUUAUCAUUUUCAUUAUAUCAAGAUGUAAAAUAUCUUUUUGCUGCUGUGUUUAUUUUUCUUCUCAUCGUAAUAGAUGUAUGAAUCCCUAAAGAAAUGAAGCAUGUAUCGAUCGAAUCAACGAAAAAGUGUACGAGAAGAAUCAUCUUGUCACUCCAGCGGAAAAAUGUCUUCUCUUGUUACUCUUGGUGUCCAGGAACCACGGUCAGAGGAGGCCGUAUCCCUGUUGUAGCGAGCAACCAAGUCACCGAAGUAGGAGUGGCGAGGAGAGCAAACAUUCGGAACCAAUCGUCGAGAAAGGGUGGUCCAGCGAAUGUUUGUUCAACUUGCUUCACCGUGGUUAUACUGGAGGAACCGCGUUGAGAAGAGGAACGCGUGCAGAGCCAAUCGCACGACACCCCGCAGGGAAAAUCAAAAUCUUAGGAGCGAGAUUUUCUUUAGGCGAUGCUGACAAACUCAGUCAGGGAUGAACAAUCGUACAGAGACUUUAGUUGCUUUUCGACACAAUAUCUUCUAAUCAUUUGAAUAUAUUUAUUAGUAUUUUAUAAACAGACUUAAUACCAAAGCAUCCUGGUGCAAGCUGUGUCUAAAAGAAAGAGGUUUUAAACUACCUUUUAUACAAUCCUUUCAUUUUGGACACAGUGUUAAGUGUAACGACUGAAAUUAAAACUCUGUUGUAUCAUAUUUCUCGUUUUUAAUUUUGUUAGAGAAUUGUGACUGAGAGGAUGAAGGGACUAGUUUGAGAUUGAACAGAUUUAUUGGUGAUCGAUUAGAGUAUGCUGCGUGGAAAGAACAAGAACAAGGUUGCAAACGAGGAGGAGGAGAGUGAGGUGAAACAGAGGAGACCAAAGUGUGCUCGUUGUAGGAAUCACGGUUUGAUCUCCUGGUUGAGAGGACACAAACGAGAGUGUCGUUAUCGCGAGUGCCUCUGCCCGAAAUGUUCUUUGAUAGCGGAGAGACAGAGAGUGAUGGCUGCUCAGGUGGCCCUGAAGAGGCAGCAAGCAGCGGAGGACGCCAUUGCCUUGAAAAUGGCUAAAGUGGCCACUGGACAGAAGCUGAGUCGUCUUCCACCGGGGAAAAUAUUUGGAAUGUCGGUGACUGAACCAAAGUCAAUAAUCAAUGAUAAUAAAGAGACUGAUUCAGGCCAGAAAGAGGAAGAGGAAGGGGCUGAAGAUUCAAAGCAGGAUUUCACUCAGAUAAAUCAACGUCAAGACUCUCCGUCGAUCAACGAGAACGGAUCCAAGUACAAGAGCCUGGUAUUCAACAACCAAGAGGAGACAAAAGAGAGCAGUGUGUCACAGACCUCCGUGGAGACGUUGGCGCGAUUGUUUCCCAACACAAAGCUCUCCGUGCUUCAGUUAGUUUUACAAAGAUGCGGGCAAGACCUGUUGAAGGCGAUCGAGUACUUCGCCAGCGAUAGUUUUGCCAUCAACUCGACCGCUUAUGCCUCUGCUUUUCGACCACCGCAGACCACCGAGGAAACCAGGUCAACUGAACCGCUCUCAGGAACUAUGCUGGCUCCUUUUUACUCCAGCCUCUCCAGGAACAUCUAUGGAGACGGCUACUGUCUGCUGAACAUCGUUCCUGAUCAGUUUCCAAAGAGUAUCGUGUCGGACACAACAGCCUGUACCUCUCUGCCCAUCAAGACUGGUCAGCACGAGGAAGGGUUGGCCUUUAACGUUCAGUACAAUAAUUACUUCAACUCUGGAGCACAACAGCAGCUGAGGGAUCACGUGUACGCCCAGGUCACCGAGCAUCUACCUUCCAGGCCUGGAUUUCUUCAUUUCCCUCCUGUCAUUCCUGGGAUACCCUGCGUGCAACCAAAUUGCCCUCAGUGCAGCUACAAGUUCCCUUAAUUGUCUCCGAGUUUGUAUAAAUUGACAAUAUGCCACUAUUAAGGUAUUGCUUUGAGAUGGAACUGCUUCAUAAUAUGAUUCUCUGUAUAUUUGUAUUUUAUAUAAUCGUACAGUAGCGUUGCCAGUGCAUAGUGAAACCAUUUCACUGGAUUUUUUUUUUAUCGACUGUUCUCUUAUUUACAUUUACAACCGUGACGUGCAACGAUAAGUCUAGAUUUUCGAUGGAUCUCUGAUGUGCCAUGAGUCACCGUGAACACCUGUCGCGUGCAUCAAGAUGCGAGGAUAGAUUAACGUCACGAAUCUUGAAACGCUAGCAGGCUUAUCGUGUGUGAAAUUUACACGUGGAUUUAACGAGCUUCGCGUUCUAUGAUCGGUAGAGCUUAAUCUUCAAAGUUCAGCGAAACGAGCUGGGCCAAGCGAAGCGUACUCCUGCCACGCAUCACUUGCUCCACUGCCUCCUGCCUCGUCUACCGAUUGACCUUUGAUCGUCGAGCGUGAAAUAAAACCUGUUAGAGUUGUACCCCACGAUCAUCGUGACAGUUUUACGCGUAACCAGUCUCUCUCGGUGAUCUUUGUCGAACGUAUCGUAAACAUGAUUUCAGAGAAAAAAGGAGAAAAUGAAGUUUAACCCCUUGCCAGAAAUAAUGACUAAUCAAUCUACUUAAUUUCUUUUGUAGAAUAUUUUUCAAUAAUAUUCAAAAAGAAAAAUGUUACGUUGUAGCUGUUCGGUUUACUAAAAAUAUUUAAGGAUUAUGUUGUUAUUGUACAAUAACUGCAAGGUACACAACAAAUUUACAAGCCACGGUGGAGGCACGUAAAUAGCCCGGUUAUUUAUACGUUAUUUACAACACGUAGCCCUGGAGAGUUUAUACAAAGGAGAUAUUUUGUUUAGCUGUUCCUUUAGACGGGGAAGGGCGAGUUUUCUUUGGUAACUGGUUGGAAAGUUUCUCGCGGCGGCUAUCGCGUAUCUGCUAAACUAAUAAAGCGGCAGUGAUCGAGUUAGGAAGAUUCAAUUGUCUUUGUAAAUAGCGUUGGAUAUCAACUGUCGAUGCCCGGAAGCGGUUUACUUUGGCUCCCUUAUCUGAAAGGU